AUGGACACAGAAGGGAGAAGUGAACAGGCUAAGCAAGCAAAGGAGCAAGUUUGCAGCAGCCUGUGGCCCGAGGGCUACCCAGCCACUGAGACUGUGACCUCCUCGGUGGACAUGAACACUCAGCCCUACCGGAAUCUGUCUGGUGUAAGAGUGGGGAGACCAAAGCUUUCCCUGCAAGGAGGACAGAGGGGUCGGCCACACUCCCGGCGCCGUCACCGCACCACCUUCAGUCCAGCGCAGUUGGAACAGCUGGAGUCAGCUUUUGGGAAGAACCAGUACCCUGACAUUUGGGCACGAGAAGGUCUUGCUCAGGACACAGGCCUCAGUGAGGCCAGAAUCCAGGUCUGGUUCCAGAACCGCAGAGCUAAGCAGAGGAAGCAAGAGCGGUCACUGCUCCAGCCACUGGCCCACCUGUCUCCUGCCACCUUCUCUGGUUUCUUGCCUGAGCCCCCUUCUUGUCCCUACCCCUACCCAACACCACCUCCCCCAAUGACCUGCUUCCCUCACCCCUACAACCAUGCUCUUCCAUCUCAGCCCUCCACGGGUAGUUCCUUUGCUCGACCCUACCAGUCUGAAGACUGGUACCCCAACUUGCACCCAACCCCUGCUGGUCAUCUGCCCUGCCCUCCACCCCCACCCAUGCUUCCCCUCAGCCUUGAGCCACCAAAGUCCUGGAACUAA